UUGUGUUUGUAUAAAUGACUUUUCCAAAAUAUUUUUAUUUGUAUGGCAACAAGUUACAACCCACAGAUUUUCAUGAGAACUUUUUAAAAGAUAUACAACAACAUGAGUCGUUUGUCUAUUCCUUUUUAAAAGCUUUGUUAGAAGCGUGGAAGCAAAUUGGAUGGAAUACGAACCAUGCGGUGAUACAAGAACAGUUGUAUUGUUGGAAACAACAACUGUGGCUAGAAAUAGGACAAAGGGUCUAUUUAGAUACGAGUCCUAGUCAAAAAUACUUUUUUGAUGUUUUGCAUGGUUUAUGGGAAUGGGUAUUCUAUAAAGCACGAGUAGGAAAUGCAAAUGAGUUGAACAACAUUCAAGAUUGUUACUCGUUGAAAGUGGAAGAUGUCCAUUCCGUAUCUAGUCAUUCACCACUCAAAGUAGGUCACGGAAAUAAGAAGCCAUCUUCAUCAGCUGUGAUGACCAAAUAUGCGAGAAAAGUAUUGAAUGAUUGGUUCCAUGCGAAUAUGCAUCAUCCUUAUCCAUCCGAAAAGGUGAAAAGAGAAUUGGCUCAUGAAGCUGGUAUUACCGUGGAACAAGUCAACACCUUUUUUGGAAAUAAAAGAAUGCGUACGAAACGAAAACUGGCAAAGCUCUUUCAACAACAACACCAGGAUACGGAUACAUCAGGUAACUUUUCUCCACGGUUUCGAUGGCAAAAGUUGAUAUUUCCACAACUAGUAGAGUUAGAAAAGUCCAAAAUAUCCACUCAAUAUAAAUAACAACGUUAGAUAUGGUUGUGUCAUCUUUCUGGGUUUUGCCAUUUAUUUGUUCAAAAGGAGAGAAAUGAUCUUCGUCGUUGGAGAAAUCAUCGAAUAUCCCAUUCUUAUUUUCUUAA